AUGUCCCAGCAGCAACACACUCUGCCAGUGACCCUGCCCCCAGCCCUCAGCCAGGAGACCCUUAAGCCUAUUCCUCCUCCUGCUGAUAUCCAGCAGGAGCAGGUGAAGCAGCCAACUCCACUGCCUGCCCCAUGCCAGGAGGUGCCCUCUGAGCUCCCAAGGGAGGUCCCCUUGGAGCAAGGAGAGAAACACACAACUCCUGUGAAGGGGGUGCCUGAGCAAGACUGUGAGCCCCAGCCCCAGAAGCUACAGCAGCAGCAGGAGGAGCAACAGGAGCAGAAAGGGCAGCAGCAGCAAGAGGAACAGUGUGAGGACCAGGAAGCAGAAAACUUGGAGCAGCAGCUGGAGGAGACUAAAGCACAAAGGGGGCAACAGCUAAAGGAGCAGCUGGGACAGGAGAAGAAGCUCCCGGACCAGCAACUGGAUGGAGAGCUAGCAAAGAGAGAUGAGCAACUGGAGAAGAAAGGAGAGCAGCUGCUGGAGCACCCGGGACAGCAGGAGAAGCAGCCAGAGCCAGCAGAGCAGCUGGAUGGGCAGCUCGAGCAACCUGCAUGUGUCCCAGCUCCUGGCCAGGCCCAAGAGACCCACCCAGUCCAGCCACUGAAGGGAGAAGUCUUGCCCCCUGCAGAGGAGCAACAGCAAAAGCAGGAGGUGCAGUGGCCUCUCAAGCAUAAGUAA